AUGACGGAAAUUCCGAACAACAACAAUAAUGAUGAAGGAGGUGAUGCGCUUGUUGUCCAACCUCAAAAACCCCUACGUGAGUUUUCCAUUCCCAAAGUCACCGAUCAACCUUCGUGCAUCGUCUAUCCUCAACUCACAAUUGACAGGUUUGAGCUUAAAAGUGGUAUGAUUCAUCUUCUUCCAACUUAUUAUGGUAAUACCAUUGAGGAUCCUUGCAUGCAUAUUGAGAAAUUCUUUGAAAUAUGUGCUACGAUCAAAAUUCAAAGCCUUGAUGAUGAGCAUAUUAAGAUGAGGCUAUUCCCAUUCAGUUUAGAAGAUAAAGCUAAGUCUUGGUUAUACUGUUUGCCUAAUGCUUCAAUUCAUACUUGGGAUGGGCUUUCUAAUAAGUAUAAGGAGAUGGUAAGUUCUUACCCACACCACAACAUAGAGAGUUGGAUGCAAAUGCAAUCUUUCUAUGAAGGUUUGCUUGAUUCCCAAAGGAUGAUGGUAGAUGCAACAAGUGGAGAAGGAUUGAUGAACAAAACAGCUCCUACCAAAGUUGUGGUCUCUGAGGCAGUGACUGGCCUUUUGGGAAAUAAGGUGGAAGUUCAAGACCAAUCUUUUGCGGAACACAUGCUAGAAUAA